AAGAUCUCUGCUCAGUAUAAAUAAAACCGCGGCUCUCUGUCUGGGGACAGUUUCUUGUCUUCAAUCGUCGAAUAUCUUUGGGUGUGAGAUUACUGAUCUGCCAUGAAAGUGCUUUAUUUGCUGGCCAGCCUCGCGGUCACGUCCUGGGCCCGCAUGUUGCACGCCCUUCCUGGAGGAUUUGGGGCCUUAGUUUCGUCGUUUGACUGCCGUGAGAGGAUUUUCGGAUAUUAUGCCGACGUGGAGAAUCACUGCCGCGCAUACCAUGUUUGCUAUCCUUUUUACACGGAAAAUGGAGCUUUACUGGACGUGGCUCACUUCUCCUUCAUGUGCGGCAUGAACCUUGUGUUCAGCCAGGACUCGCUCACUUGCUCCCAUCGCAAUGAGGCCUUCCCUUGCGACCAGGCGCCGUCCCUCUACGAAGCAUCCAACUCAGACUUUGGCGUCGUGACGGAGAAGGGAGAGAGAAGGGAGUCCAGAGAUGACGAAGACAAAUCGGAUACGGCGACUGAGGAAAGAAAUUCUUAACCUAACUCAUUUUAUUAUUGUGCAUUGAAAGGCGUUAAAAGAUCUUCUUUUAUGCCUAGCCGCCUGC